AUGCAAGGUUCCAACCUCCUGACGGGUGUAGACACUAAAAGAAAACAGCAAUUAUGCAGUGAGUUAUGGCAACACAUCAAAGGCUCUCAUCACCGCUCCUCAGACAGGAUGUCCUUUCUCACCCACACCCCCAAACGUGUCAUCACACCAACCCUCACUGCAGCCGCUCACACUUCCAAGACCAUCCUCCUGCUUAGCACCGGGUUACAUUUCACCCUGUUCUGUAGUUACUGUUGGAGACAGUGCCUGUUGAAGGCAGGAUUUGGCCUUUCACCCCUCACCACUGAAGGUCCCAUUUGCCUAGGCUUCAAGAGCCUCGUCUCCCACCGUUUGAGAGAUUCCUUCAAGUCCGGGAUUUUAGGUGCAAAAUCACCGGAAGGGGACAAUCCCACCCACGCCGAAGUACCUGCGCUCUCCUCCCGCCCACUUCGGGCCGCAAGCCCCCACGCACGUCACACUCACCGAACUUCCCGGGGUCUGGGGCCCCUCAGAACCCCAGAGACCAACCCCAGCUCUGCAGAGGGCCGUGGGGCGCCCGCUGCGGGCCGGAGGGAGCUCGCAGGAAGCCCGGGUCCGCGCUGCGCCGCAGCAGGUGGUACCGAGCAAGCGAGCGCCGCCAGCCCCGCAGGCCCUUUAAAGCCGCCGCUGACCCCUGACCUUGGCCUGGCUCCCCUGCGCGCUGGGGCUUUUAAGGGCUCUCGGAAACAUCCUGCUCAGAUCCUGAGGGCGCUGCAGCCUGCAGCCUCAGCCAGGGAGUCCCGGCCGCUUUCAGUGGAGAAGCCUGGCCAGCCACAGCCUCAGCACCAUCACCCCCGGCAGCAGCUGCAGCCGCAUCACCACCACCAUUAUUUCUACAACCGGAACCACAGCCACAGCCAGCAUCACCAUCACCAUCACCAGUGCCCGCAGCAUGGAGCCAAGGGCAGCCCCAAGGCCCAGCCCAAGGCGUUGAAACAUGAGCACAAACACUCCCUCCAGCAGCACCAGGAGACGCCGAAGAAGGAAACAGGCUAUGGUGAACUAAAUGGUAAUGCCGGAGAAAGAGACGUAUCUUUAAAGAGCCUGGGUUCUGAUGGAGUUACCGACCCUAUUUCCAGGGUCCUCAAUGGCAACCCACAGAUCGCAGACACUAAUCUGAAGCAGACUGUAAAGGCUGGCACCUUUGGGAAAGCAGGAAUGAAAACCAGGAAUUUCAUUCGGAACAGUAUGGACAAAAAGAAUGGGAAGUCUUAGGAAAAGAAAUCUGGAGAGAACCAGUCUGCAGAGAAGACUGAUACUGUAGCAAUUCGAAAUGGCGUUGCGACAAAUAAUUCUGGCUAUAUUACUAGUGGUUAUAUGGGCAAAGGGGCGGAUAAUGAUGGUAGUAGAUCUGAGAGCGGAUGUACUACUCUUAAAAAAAAGGAAAGCUGGGGCAAUAGUGCCCAGGGAUGUGAAAGCCUUCACUGAGGGCAGGACAAAAUAAGGCAACAAGAGACCAGGGCGCCAACCUUAAAACAGGGACUCGAAACUUUCAGGCCUGACGACAGUGAACAAAGGGGAAAUCGAGUAGAUGGUUCAAAGCCCAUUUGGAAGUACGAAACUGGGCCCGGAGGAACAAAUCGAGGAAAACCUGCUGUGGGUGAUAUGCUGCGGAAAAGCUCUGAUAUUAAACCCGGCGUGAGCGGCAAAAAGUUCGAUCAUCGGCCCUAAGGAAAGCAUCCUUCUGCUGUUACCUCCAAAGAGGACUCUUGGACCCUAUUCAUACCACCCCUCGUUUUUGCAGUGGACAAUAGCAGCGCUAAAAUAGUUCCUAAAGUAAGUUAUGCAAGCAAAGUGAAGGAAAACCUCAACAAAACUGUACAGAACUCUUCUGCGUCACCAUCUUCUUCCUCUUCUUUGUCACCGGCUGGGGAAACUCAGACCCAGUCUUCAACCAUAUCCCAGGUCCCUGUGUCAGUGCUGAAAUCUGUUACUUCGGCCAACUUUUCUAAUGGGCCUGUUUCAGCAGGGACUGAUGCAAGUGUGUAUUCUCCAGGGGGUCAGCCACUGUUAACUCCUGCUGCUAAUACUCUAACACCCAUCUCUUCUGGGACUGCUUCAGUUCUCCGGCACAUGAGUUCGACUUCAGCGGCUGUUGAACAAAUGAAAUCUAGCCUUUUCAUCUAUCCUUCAGAUAUGCAAACGGUGCUGUUGAGCACAGCACAAGUGGAUCUACCCUCUCAGACAGAUCAGCAAAACCUGGGGGCUAUCUUCCAGAAUCAGUGGGGUUUAUCAAUUAUAAAUGAGCCCAGUGCUGGCCCUGAAACUUGGGAAGUUAUUGGGAAGUCAUCAGAUCAUAAAGUGAUGGAGGUGACAUUUCAAGGGGAAUACUGCCAGGAUAAUCCCUCAGGAACUGAGCAUCCCAUGUUUCCCAAGCCUUAUGAGCUGGAAAAACGGAUUAGUCCCCAAAUUCUGGGUAGCAUUCGAAAAUCUGGGACUACUAAUGAGAGUGGAGCCUUAUCCUUGGAACCCAGUCAUAUAGGUGGCCUGCAAAACUCAGACACCAGUAGUCAAGGUGCUUUAGUGUUUUUCUCAAAGGACUACGAGAUAGAAAAUCAAAAUCCUCUGGUGUCUCCUACAAACACUUUGUUAGGCUCCACCAAAGAACAGAGAUACCAGAGAGGUCUAGAAACAAAUGAUAGCUGGGGUUCUUUUGACCUGAGGGCUGCUAUUGUCUAUCACACUAAAGAAAUGGAAUCUGUUUGGAAUCUGCAGAGGCAAGAGCCUAAAAGGAUGAUCACUUACAAUGAAGCCAUGGAUAGUCCAGAUCAAUGA